AUGCUGGGUCUCCCGCCUUCCGCCACUUGGGCGGUCGCGCUCGUUGCGCUGACUGUAAUCAUUCGCUUCUUCAUCCGUCUCCACUACCAGCGCUCCCUCUUGAAAGGCCUGCCCGGACCACCAAGAAGCUAUGCAUUCGGAUCCCUGAUUUCCAUGGGCAAAGCCUUCGCCACACAACCGCCAAACGCUGCUCCUCAAGCAUCCUUCCGAGCGCUCAAAGACUACUACGAUCUGCCGGACACCUACUAUGUUGAUACAUGGCCAAUGGGUCCACCGAUCAUGAUCAUCAACGAUCUUGAUAUCUACAACGAGAUCGCCAUCAAGAAUUCACACCCGAAGCAUCCACUGACCGACGACUUCAUGCAAUAUUUCGGAGGGCCAGGGUACGAGAGACAGGAUCCGUGUACGAACAAUGGCUAAUUGCCUGUAGCAACCUCGUCACUAGCGAGGGUCAGACGUGGAAGAAAUGGCGAGCCGCCUUCAACCCCGGCUUCAGUACCUCUCACCUCAUGACCACCGUCCCGAUGAUUGUCGAUGAGUGUCAAACCUUCUGCGACAUCAUGGCUGAGAAUGCCCGGAACAACACAGUCUUCCGCAUGGAGGUGGCCACCACCAAGUUGACAGUCAACAUCAUCGGCAAGAUUGUCCUAGACCUUGACUUCAACGCUCAGAGGGGACGGAACGUGAUGCUGGAUGCUUUCAACAGCCAGACGAGCUGGUCAUAUCUGGGUGUGCAAUUCCAGCCAAGCGAGCUCUGGGACAUCCGCAGACCGAUCAUGCUCAAGUACAACAACUGGAAAAUGAACAAGUACCUGAGCGAUCUCCUAGACAAGCGCUUCGCCGCUCGAACGAGCGGAGGCAAGACGAAGCACGUCGUCGACCUGGCCCUCGAGUCGUACAUGAAAGAAGUGAAGGGUCUGGAAGGCAAGGCCGAAGACAUCAAAGAAGUGGACCCGGAAUUCAAGCAAUCCGUCAUCAGCAACAUGAAGACCUUCAUCUUCGCCGGCCACGACACCACAAGUAGCGUCCUUUGUAAGUGAGGCGAUUUCCCGGAGGGUUUCCCGAUAUGCCUUCGACACCUGCUCACCUUCUACCCCUUGCCUUGUAGGCUAUGCCUUUUACUAUCUGAGCCAACAUCCCGAUAUUCUCGCUCGAAUCCGCCGAGAACACGACGAGGUCUUUGGUCCCGACCCAGACCAAGUCGCCGACAAGCUACGCAAGGAGCCUCACCUCCUGAACAAACUGGACUAUACCCUCGCCGUCACCAAAGAGGUGCUGAGAAUCCAGCCUCCAGCGAGCUCCAUCCGAGCAGGUCUCCCUGGGUAAGUCUCUCACCCAAUCUUACCAUGUCCUCCCCCAGUGGAAGCUUGUUGUCUUCUUGAGAACCCUAGCAACAUUCAGGAGACUCGAGACAACCUUGGAAUCUGCCAAGAAAUCUCACCAGUCCCGACGCAUUCGCACCCGCUUCCGAGAGCCCUUCACAUGCAAGCACACCAGCCAAAAAAACCCCCAAACGCUAACCCAAAACCCCCCUCACUCCCAACAGAGAAUUCCUCCACAACCCGGAAACAGGCGAACGCUACCCGACGGAAAACUUCAUGCUCUUCCUGCUCGACACCGGCCUCCACCGCCACGCCAAAUACUUCCCCGACCCACACACCUUCAACCCGGAGCGUUUCCUGCCUGGCUCGGAAAUCUACAAUCGACAGACGCACGCCGCGUGGAUCGCCUUUUCCAAAGGGCCGCGGAAUUGUAUCGGGCAGGAAUUGGCGCUGAUGGAGACCAAGGUGAUUCUGGCGAUGAUUCUGAGGAGGUUUGAUUUCGUCGCGGCGUAUGAGGAGGUGGGCGAGUUGGCCGGGGAUGGGAGUGGGUAUCCGAGUCUGAGGAAGGGGGUGCUGAGGCAGUUUGGGGAGAGGGCGUAUCAGGUGCAGAGGGGGACGGCGAAGCCUUCCGAGGGGAUGCCUUGUCGGUUGAGAGAGAGGAAGGUCGCUAGGUGA